CAAUCAUGCUCUCUGUCCCAGGAUUGAGAAAUAGCAGGGAGGAAGAAGCUUACAAAUUUACAUGACUUCUCUUUUACUGUACUGCUUGACGGCUGUAUUUUGUUUGUGUAAGGUCUCAUGUUGUAGUAAUGUUAACUCUUCCAAACUAAAACUCAUCACCUACCACUGAUAACUCCUUCCCUUCUUCCUCUUCUCUUUUCUCUCUCCCCCCUUCUCUUAAAAAGAUCUCAAAUUUCCAUGUCCAUCAUCCCCUACUCUUUACCACAAGCAACAAUAAAGCCCCUUUCUUCUUCUUGUCAUUUGUGGCUUUGGGGCACACAGAAAGCUCCACCCCAGCUUAGAUUCACGCUCACAUUUUCAUUUCUUGAAAGGAAAUCUACGCUUUUUUGCUAUUUAACUUUACCCUUUCACAAUUGGAUUCAUUUGGGUGUCUUCCAAGUGUGUUGCUUUUGACAUUGGUUUUUGGGUUUUGUUUAGUCUUUUGAGAUCUGGGGUAUUGAGGAGUUGGUAUGGCGAGGGCGUUUCAAAGAUCUAUGCUUUAAAGGUUUCUUUUGUGACGUUCAUUAUAGAGAGGGUUUGGGCAUCUGAAAACCAAGAUGGCCAAUGAUCUAAACGCUGAACUAUCCAAGAAAACUGCCGUUUUGGGUCUCAAGGUCUGGGAAGUGAUUGGAAUUUGUGUUGCAUUAUUUAUCAUAAUCAUCCUCUCUGUACUGUCCUUCUGUUUAACUUCACGGAAGAAAUCUAAAAGAGAUAGAAACCGUCUUCCCCUUAGCCAAAUCCCAACUAUUUCCAAGGAAAUUAAGGAAGUUCGAGUGGAACAGGUAUCGACAAAUGAAUUUGUACCUCGUGAUGGGAUUCUUCUCACAAUUCAUGACAAGUCCAGGGACAAAGAAUCGGAUAAGGUCUUGGUUCAUCUAGGCAUGGGGAAAGGGAAGAAUGAAGGCAAUAUGAGUCAGUCAGAUUCUUUUGAUCAUUUAGAGAAAGAUUGUGGAUCACAGUCAGGUGAAGAAGGGAGUUCCGGAACAGUAACUGUAUAUAAACCUUCUUCUUCAUACCCUAUUACCGCUCCUUCUCCGUUGAUUGGCCUGCCUGAGUUCUCUCACUUGGGUUGGGGUCACUGGUUCACCUUGAGGGAUCUUGAGCUUGCAACAAAUCGGUUUUCUAAGGAGAAUGUCCUUGGUGAGGGUGGAUAUGGAGUGGUUUAUCAGGGACAUUUGAUCAAUGGCACUCCAGUGGCAGUAAAAAAGAUCUUGAACAACUUGGGCCAAGCGGAAAAGGAGUUUAGGGUGGAAGUUGAAGCCAUUGGUCAUGUUCGACACAAGAAUUUGGUUCGUCUUCUGGGAUAUUGCAUAGAAGGGACACACAGGAUGUUGGUCUAUGAGUAUGUCAACAACGGGAACUUGGAACAGUGGCUUCAUGGAGCUAUGCGUCAGCAUGGAUAUCUUACUUGGGAGGCGCGCAUGAAGGUUCUACUUGGCACGGCUAAGGCUCUUGCCUAUUUGCAUGAGGCCAUUGAGCCAAAAGUGGUGCAUCGAGACAUCAAGUCGAGUAAUAUAUUAAUUGAUGAUGACUUCAACGCCAAGGUUUCUGAUUUUGGCUUGGCCAAGUUGCUUGGUGCUGGCAAAAGCCAUGUAACGACUCGAGUUAUGGGAACCUUCGGAUAUGUGGCUCCUGAAUAUGCAAAUAGUGGACUCUUGAAUGAAAAGAGUGAUGUUUAUAGCUUUGGGGUUGUGCUGUUAGAAUCGAUCACCGGAAGAGAUCCUGUAGACUAUGGCCGCCCUACUCAUGAGGUAAAUCUUGUGGAUUGGUUGAAAAUGAUGGUCGGAAACAGACGGUCUGAAGAAGUAGUAGACCCAAAUAUUGAAGCGAGGCCAUCAACAAGAGCUCUAAAACGUGCCCUGUUGACCGCUUUGAGGUGUGUUGAUCCAGAUUCUGAAAAAAGACCUAAGAUGGGUCAAGUAGUUCGUAUGCUCGAGUCUGAGGAAUAUCCCAUUCCAAGAGAGGAUCGUAGGCAUCGAAGAACUCGAGGAGGCAGCAUGGAAAUUGAAUCUCAAAGGGAAAAUUCUGACACUGAUCGCAGCGACCAUCCAGGUUCAAGAUCUGAAAGCCGGCGAAUUUGACAAAACAUGAGACUCAUUUAGGGGAUACAAGGGACUUAUAAAUUGAGAUGGUUAUUCUUACAAUUUUUUCGGGGUGCCUCAGACAUUAAAAUGUUGAUAUCUAGGACACUGAACAGGGGGGACAAGGGAUUUUCUUCUUCUUUUCUCUUUAUUUUUUUUUCUCAUUUUGUCGUAUAGGGAGAGAUAAUUUGUCUAUGUAUUGUUAUGGACUUGGUAUUGUGAAGAACCCAUGCGGCCGAGUUUGUGUACAGAAUUGGGCUAGCAA